CGUUAAAUGAAGAGUUCAAUGUCAAUGUAGCUUAAAUUAAUCUAACAAAUUACUGCCGACAGAGUAAAUAUCUCUUGUGAAUGAUUCUUGGGUAUCUUUUCCUAGAUGACAACAGUGAAGGUCUGUUUGCGAUAUCCAAUGAUACGGGGCACAUCUUUGCAAUAAAAGACCUUCCUCCUCACCGCUAUCCUCAACACUAUGCUUUCACGGUGAACUUCCGUGAUAACGGAAUCCCAGCACUCUCCGCAUCUGUCAUGGUGUUUGUGGCAUUAUCACCCAUCAAUAUCAGCUACCCGGUAUUCUCGUCUGAUUAUUAUUGCCCAGAAGCACUGAAUGACUGGACGGCACCAGAUACUAUCUUAACGCAAAUCAGAGCUUUUUAUUUACCUGCCACCUUGUUAUACAGCUUCACUACUGAAAGGGAUAAAGAUUACUUUUGCAUGGAUCCAUUGACAGGAAUAAUACGGACUAAAAAAAUACUGGUAAUGAAAGAUUUCCCCAGGAAUGUAACAGUGAAAGCUACAGAUUCACAAAGGUUCUGGAUAUUCAGUGAAGCCAUUGUUCAUGUUGAUGUUAUCCACAGAAACCAAUGGGCUCCUGUUUUCCCAAAUUCUUUGGUGAGAGUGAAACUGAAAGAGGAUCAGAAGAUUCCUACAUUAAUUACUCAGGUGCAAGCCUCCGAUGCUGAUACAGACAGAAAUGGAGUCAUCCAGUACAGAAUUUUGAAUAACGACGUUCAGAACUUCAGUAUAAAUGCCGAAAAUGGAAAGAUAUUUGCAUUGUCUAGUUUUGACUUUGAAAUUGGACCCAGAGAGUUUCAGUCGCACAUAGGGCAGCCCAUUGAAAUGAAUGGUCUGCUCUAUGCAUGUAGGAUAACAUGCAAAACACGCAACUGA